UUCCUCUUGACCAUCCGGACGCCUCCAGGGUGGUUCAGCCUGUUUCUUAAGAGACCAGGGAGCAAGGAUCGGAUGAUGCCCUAAUAAAUCGAGGGACAAUUUCCGCUUCCGGUGAUCAAAGGGCAAGCGGAAUGUAAACACUAAGCCAGGGGUUAUCAAGUAACUGGGGCUAACGUCUGCGGUGGAAGCCAGAGGGUGUGAAGGGAAAGGCGAACAAGGAGCUUCAGAAGUAGUGAUUCGACGGAGGCCUGACAGAACCCGCGCUGAGAAUGGCUUCCUUUGGGUGGAAGAGGAAAAUUGGUGAGAAGGUCUCAAGAGCCACUUCGCAGCAGUUUGAAGCUGAAGCAGCUGAUGAGAAAGAUGUUGUUGAGAAUGAUGACGGGAACUGGCUUCAUGCCAUUAAACGUAGGAAAGAAAUUCUCCUUGAAGGUUGUGCGGAGAAAAGUAAACAGUUAAAGGAUGAAGGAGCCAAUUUGGCUGAAAACAAAAGAUAUCAGGAGGCAAUUCAGAAGUGGGAUGAAGCACUACAGUUAACGCCGAAUGACGCUACCCUCUAUGAGAUGAAGUCACAGGUCCUAAUGUCUCUUCAUGAAAUGUUCCCAGCAGUACAUGCAGCGGAAAUGGCUGUCCAGCGAAAUCCACAUUCAUGGGAGUCUUGGCAAACUUUGGGACGUGCUCAGCUUGGAUUAGGAGAGAUAGUCCUGGCAAUCCGAAGUUUCCAAGUUGCCCUUCACAUCUAUCCAAUGAAUCCUGAAAUAUGGAAAGAAGACCUUUCUUGGGCAAGAACGCUGCAGGAGCAGCAGAAGGUGGCACAGAAGAUUAAAAAAAGUGAAACACCUUCUGAGGAAACACAUUUUUCGCCGAAGUCAAUUCCUGACUAUGACUUUGAAAGUGAUGAGAUUGUUGCUGUUUGUGCAGCUAUUGCCGAGAAACAGAAGACAGUUUCAGCUAAUAAAACAAUGGUUAUUGUGUCAGCUUCUGGGACUGUAGAGACUGUAACUGAGGAGGAAGAGGGUGCCACCCCUCCAGAUGGCUCUGUGUUUAUCAAAGCCCGAUGAAGCAGCGUGCAC